AUGUCUGUGUCUCCGAUUACAUGCCACAUCCUCGACACAGCAAUUGGCAAGCCUGCAGCCAAUGUGACGUGCUCGCUCUACUAUAUGGCACCGGAAAUCGACAAUCCGGUGAAUGAACUGGCUUAUGAACUCGGAUCUGGAACCUUGUUCGCCAUGGCCAAAACCGACGCCGAUGGCAGAAUUAAGAACUGGGUAUACGACCCACAAUUGUCUAGUGAAAACCAGGCAAAAAUUGGUUUGAAACAAAACCAACAUACUGACUUGAAACCAGGAGUAUACAAGAUCAAAUUCUUAACUGGCAAGUAUUUUGCCCAACUUGCAGAUAACUCCCGCAGUUUCUUCCCAUUUGUAGAAAUCUACUUCAAGAUUGACAAUCCUCCUGAUCACCACUAUCAUAUUCACUUUACCUUCUUUUCGAAAUUUGGAAUUACAGAGUAUAUUACCCGUGGGAAGUUGAACGGCAAUGUAUUAGGGUUCAUAAUAUUUUAA